ACGUCGAAGGUGUGAAAGACCUUCUGAAAGGGACGUUUGUGCAUUCUGUAGAAGAUAUGGACUUAACUGUAUCACUAUCCCGGGUAGAAGACGCGGGCGAAGGCCUAGAUGGCGCGUCAAUUAAUUUUCAUGAACCUUCACUUAUUAACCAAGGAACUACUACUACACACCUCGGAACCUCACAUACUUAUAAUAAUAUCGCUACUAUUCCUUCUUUCGGUACCACUGAUGUAUUCAUUGACCAAGGACAAACGUUAAAUGACCAAAAUACCGUACUAAUUAACCCUUGUGACGCUUUUUUUGAAACUACCGGUACAUUAAUUGACCAUGAACCAACACCAAAUCAUUCAUAUAUUUAUAAUCAUAUCACUACUAUUCCUUCUUUCGGAAUUUCUGAUGUAUUCAUUGGCCAAGGACAAACGGCUGCUAAAGCGACUGCCGAAGCAUUUGCCGAAGCGACUGUCGAUAGAUUUAUUGUUUAUAAUCGUAACCUUCUUUUGGAGACUGCCGAAGCAUUGCUGACCUAG